UCCGAAGCUAGAAGGAAAUUUUCCAAAAGUAUUUUGUGCUUAUGUUUUGAACCGCAUAAAGCCUUGCGAUGUAGUUAUUUAUGUGCAAUCAGCAUGCAUUAAUUCAUUUUUAAUUACCAAUUUUGUAAUGUACUAAUAUAAAGGUUUCGACAAUGGUUGAGUGGAUACAACAUUUAUACUAGUUUUAACUGCGUAUAGUGUUUGUGCUUUAAAUGUCAAACGUCCACGUUUAAAAAAAUAAUAAUCUGAUACCUUCCGUUUUGUUAUUAUAAUAAUGAUUCUCUAUUUACAUGAAGUUCGUGUGAUUCUACACUUGUCAUUUUAUUAUAUUGAUUUUAUAGCUAAAUAGUUAUUGUCCACAGGUUUUGCUGGUGGGUAUAAUUUAAUCUGACUGCAUUGACUACUAAAGAUAUCUAAUUCGAAACAACAGAGAAACACCCAUAUCCUAAGUAUUUUUCUAGCUUGAAAAGUGGGUUAAACUCAUUAUCAAGUCAGCAAGGCCGUUCUACAUGGAUGGAAUUUCCGAACUGCGUCAGAUUCGGUUUCGAAAAUGAACGUAGACUUGCCGAGCAUUGUGAAUAGCCAUUUUCACGUAACAUGCUCUCGUAGCGUUACAGUGUUGUUAUUGUAUUCGUCCGCCGUAGCUGCAGUGCUUAGGAGAACAGUAACAUUCGUCAGUCAACAUCUAGAGUUUAUUAUCGAACCUAGGGCGAGAACAGUUCCGAACAGAGAUCCAGACCCUGGUUCUGGAGCCCUCUUAUUCACUGAAAAUGAAGUUUCUGUACAAAGAAGAACAUCCCUUUGAGAAGAGACGGUCAGAGGGAGAAAAAAUAAGAAAGAAGUACCCAGACAGGGUGCCAGUGAUUGUGGAAAAAGCUCCUAAAGCCAGAAUAGGAGAUCUGGACAAGAAAAAGUACCUGGUCCCCUCUGACCUUACAGUGGGCCAGUUCUACUUCCUCAUCCGGAAACGAAUUCACCUGCGUGCUGAGGAUGCUCUCUUCUUCUUUGUGAACAAUGUCAUUCCCCCCACAUCAGCCACCAUGGGGCUACUCUACCAGGAACACCACGAGGAAGACUUUUUCCUCUACAUUGCGUACAGUGAUGAAAGUGUCUAUGGAGGGGGCAUAAGGGAAAUGUGACACCUCCACCUCACCCCACCAAAUACCUAGACUCCAUUCAGAUUCAGUCAGCUAGAAUCCACCAGCUCAGAGAUAUCAAAUGCAAUUCCAUGUCCUUUUCUCUCUGUCUCCUCGACCCUCCUGUAUUGUUCCUGCAUACCCCUUCCCUCCCAUCCCUAUAUCACUGUUCAGGCAGUCUGAAUUGUAUUUCUCUCCUGUUCUCUUAUAUUACUCCUUCAGCCUUAAUGUUCACCGCUGAAGAGAUUGGUAGUCUUGAGAGUUCCUGAGCUGCUAUCGCAGACCGAGGUCCGUGCCAGUACUAGUCUUUCAUAACAGUAAAAUCUAGGAUUAAGCUUAAGGUGAAACAAAAACAGAGGUGCUUUCGACCUCUUCAAUUCAGUGUAGCAGGAUACCAUGCUUAUGUAUGUAGGCUACCUGAAUGACAACUUAAAAUAAGAUUACUUUAGUUUGAGACUGACUGAAGCUUAAAUUUAGACAGAAUGAACAGCCAUGUUUCUGCUUUUCAUCAUGGUUCUGCUUUAAUGCUACAAUUAUUCUUAUUAUUGGGUACUAUUCUUUUUUUAUUGUUUGCAGAGUUUUUUUCCCUUCUAUUAUGAUUAUUUUAUUUUAACUCUGUAUGCAGCUGUGUUGCUGGAGCCAUCCACUCAAAACCAUUUAUAAACUUGAGAAAGACAAAU